AUGCCUCUUAAUGGUCAUUAUCAGAACCAAAACCACCCUCAUGUAGGGUCUUGGACAGGGCCACUUCACCGGCCGUUGAUGUAUCUCAAGAGAGCCGGCACGGCCGGAGCGUAUCCUUUGCGUGGCAUCUGGUUCUUUCUGCGCAACCGCGAGUUCUGGCCGCUCUUUGUGAGCAGGAUUCUGCCUUUGUCUUUAAUAUCUUUUCUUGUUUACUUCGUUCUCUUUACCUUUACAUUCUUACCCCAGUAUGCCUUCUUGGCGAUCUUCCAUGGCUGGGGCGCGUGGGUUAACGCUGUGGUUCUGGUCCUCGGAGAAGGCUUGGUCAUCAUUCAGGGUUUAUUCGAGGGCUUCUUUGUUGAUGAAUGUCGAGUAGACGUAUUUGAUGCCACUCUCAUUAAGCUGGGCCACAAGGAUCUUAUUGCACCACAGCGAAUCCUUUUCUUAGAUGCGCCGAACCCGGUGCGCAUGCUUGGGAAGCCUACAACUGCCGCAAUCUACACACCCUGGAGUAUUAUCCAAAUUGUCGAGCUCAUCGUGUUCUUGCCGCUUAACUUUGUCCCUGUCGUCGGCACGCCUGCCUUCAUCAUCAUCACAGGCACGAGACUUGGAAAGCUCGCCCAUUAUCGCUGGUUCCAGAUCAGGGGCUACUCUAAAGUUGAACAGAAGAAGGCGUUGAGGGAUCGCGCUUGGGAGUACGUUUGGUUUGGCACAGUUGCUAUGAUCCUGGAGCUCGUACCUGUCUUGUCACUCUUUUUCCUUUUGACUACCACGGCGGGUGCUGCCCAGUGGACAGCGCAGAUUGAGGAAGAGGAGAGCAGGAACUCCACUGGAGAUGCGCAGAAUGGCCAAAACGGGUAUCAUGAUCAGAACGGGCACAAUAUUCACGAGCAGUACGAGGACCCUGAUGCACCUCCCCCCCCUUACACGGAUAACUUGCCACCACUUUCUCGUUAUGGAGCUGAUGUUCGCAACUUGGAGGACACCUGCCACGAGGCCACCAACUCCAGUGGUUGGGCAGCUGUACCUGUGGCAAGCGCAUGGCCCAACUACCCCUUUCCCACUCUGUGGGCGCUGCAGAACACGGAUAAUGACACUAUAGCGGGAGACCAGCACUGA